AUGCUGCAAGAGGAAGCAAAACUCAUUGCCCAACAUCUUAGUGAUAAUGAAUUUCAAAGUUCAAACGGAUGGCUUGAGAAAUGGAAGAAAAGGUACAAUAUCAAGGAAAUGAGAAUCACUGGUGAGGACGGUGAUGUCAGUGAAGAAACGCUUAAUAGCUGGCAGGAGCGUGUCAGGGAGUUGACAAAGGGAUAUGUAAUUCCAGUCCCGCAAGAAGCAAGCUCUGGAGGCAGACGUAGAUACAUUGUUACAGCAGACCAAAUUGAAGAAUUACGCAGUACGGGUACGAAUUGGAAAGCCAUUGCCAGUUGCCUUGGAGUGAGUGCCAAAACUCUUUACAGAAGAAGAAUAGACUAUGGUAUAGCAAACACUUACUGUGACAUAACAGAACAAGAGCUUGAACGAUACAUUAGAGAUAUUUUAAGAUUGACACCCUUCUCUGGCGAAACUUACGUAAGAGGAGCUUUACGUGGUCGGGGUAUUCAUAUCCAAAGGUGGAGAGUUAGGGAAGCAUUAGAAACUAUUGACCCUAUUAACCGUGCCAUAAGACGAAGAUACGCUAUACAAAGGCGGGUGUACAAUGUGAGGAAACCAAAUCAUCUCUGGCACAUUGACUCCAAUCACAAACUCAUCACUUGGAGAUUUGUCCUGCAUGGUUGCAUCGACGGCUAUAGCAGAACUAUUAUUUAUUUGAAAUGCUUCACGAACAAUCUUGCGCAUACUGUUUUGCAAUGUUUUGUCAAUGGUGCACAAAGAUUUGGGAUUCCAUCUCGCGUACGUGGCGAUAGGGGGGUGGAAAAUGUACACGUUGCACGGUUUAUGAUAGCUAAUAGAGGUCUAAACAGAGGAAGCUUCAUAGCCGGACGCAGCGUGCAUAACCAAAGAAUUGAGCGCCUUUGGGCGGAGGUGAAUAGAGUGAGUUCCUCCUAUUAUAAAGAUCUAUUCCAAUUUAUGGAGGAAAGCGAGCUUCUUGAUGCGCACGAUGAAAUCGAUUUGUAUGCUCUGCACCAUGUUUACAUUCCUGCAAUACAAGCCUCACUCAAUGAGUUUGUCAACCAAUGGAAUCAUCAUGGACUUCGAACUAUGCGGAGUAUGUCGCCCCUAGCACUAUGGCGUUCUGAGCUUAAUGAAACUGAUUUAACAGACGUUAAUAUGGAUAAUGUAAAUUUAUAUGGCAUUGAUCCUGAUGGCGCGGUAGGUGAUAUCGAAACGGACAAUAUGGUUGUUGUCCCUGAAAAUUAAGUUGAGUUGACCGAAGAUCAUGUCAAUGAAAUACGCCGCCUUGUUCCGGAACCUUUAAGUGAUGACGGCAAUCACGGAAUUCACCACUACCUCACAGUUCGUCAAUAUUUGCAAAAUAUUUUUCAGGAACAAUAGAAACUAUUUAAUGAAAGAUUAUUAGAAUGAAUUGAGCCUUAAAAAUAUACCAUUUUAUCAACAA